AUGAGGACAAGACGCUGUCAUCAGAUCUUCAACAAGGCAACGUAAGUUUUGAUAUCUAACAGAAAAUUACCAUCCUUUUCUUUGAUGGGUCUACAUAAUUGUCAACAUUGUUUUUGUGUUUUCUUUCUCCCUUUCCAGCUCGCGGGAUAAUACCCUAAAGAGGUUCCUUGAGGUGAGUUGUUGGAAUCUUCCUUUUUGUGAAGUUUAAAAAAAUUGUAUACUGGAAACGAAGAAGUGAAAAUUGUUCCGGAAUAUUUCGGCUGAAUCGAUCAGCUAUUAUUAUCCAAAGGUGCGUGGUUGUAUAGCACUCACGUGACCUUAGGACUGUUGCAUGACAAGAGAACUGUAUCGUAGAUAUUCUUUGGCUGCAGAUUCCCAUCGCUGUUAACAAAGAGUCUUGUGUGAAAAUCAUCUCACCGAGAGGAACUAGGCGAUCUGUUAAUCACAAUUUGCCUUGUUUUUCUUUCUUUUUUAGGACGCUACAAGGCUGACAGACAACUUUCUUGAUGUAUGCAACAAGGAUGUGCCCAAAGGUCCCUCUAAAGACAAGCUCAGUAUGAGUCAUGAUUUUGUCGUGUUUAAGAGACUCGUAUCUAACCCGUAAGUUAUUACAUCUGGUACUAUUAAAAGUUUAAAAUAGAUGAUAUUGAACGAGCUGUGAGUGGAAAUUUACUUAAAUUCAAUAAACGAGAUGCCCGCUCCUAUUCUGUGUUUUGUGAUUAUUUAGAUUAGUUACAAAAUAUUGUAUAAUCUUUUCAGUGUGAUUAGAAUAUAAAGUUCAUUUUCUAGACAGGUCGGUGUUUAAAAUUUGUGCAAUUUUCACAAGGACCGCCUUAUAAAGAAUAAUUCAACACAUGAAAAUCACCUACAAUUAAUUAAUUAACAGAAGUUCACUAAUACCUUUUUGUUUUCAGAAAUUUCAGUCCCAUAGUUGUUCCACUCCAGUCCUCCAUGACCGUCACGCUACCUUCAGGCGCCGGAAGUCACCAUGACCACAAUCCUUUCCCAGGCUCCUUGGCUUGUAUUAUUGGUUUUGAGGAUACGGUCAGUUCACAUUUCUUUAAAACAUGUUAUUGGGUUGUGAUACUUUGCGUACGGUUGUCGAUAGCGACAACUUUUCCUUCCUGAGAAUAAGUUUAUUUUAUUUUCUUAACUAAAUAAACAAUACGUGCUUAUUGAUGCAAGAAAGGUGUUUCUUUUGCGUCAGCUGGUUUAAGGCCUGGAACCUAGAAAUCUUAGGGGGUCGGAAAUUCGGAAAACCCUUGGAAGAUCCGAUCGCUUGCGCGGAGCUUCCGAGCGUCCCCGAAGAUUUCUCGGUUCCAGACCUCGCACCAGCUGACCGAAAAAUUUAAACUGGUUGUCAAAGAAAGCACAUUUUAUGAAGUAAAUAGCGAGUGAUUUUGUUGUUGUUGUUGUUGUAAGGAAAGGACACAAGUUAGAUUCAAGUUUGAAACGUGGAUAUCACGUAACGUGGAUAUCAACUGUUCUUAUCACUGUUUUAUAGUUUAUCUUAAAUUUCCAGGUUAUAACUUGUUUGUUUAUUUACUUAUCCAUUCAUUUUUAAUUUUGAAAUUUCCAGGUUGAUGUUUUACAGUCUCUUCAGAAACCAAAGAAGAUUACUAUCAAAGGCAGUGAUGGGAAGACCUACACCAUGAUGUGCAAACCUAAGGUUAGUUCUUUCUGUGAUCAGCAAAUUAUUUUCCCUUUGAGUAAAAGUGCAUACUCGUGUGGGUACGAUACAUGACGGAGUAGUCAUGGCCUCGCGCUUAAAAUCCCCGGAGUUUCAGUGUUGGAAAACCUCUGGCACCACUACCGCUGGAUUUUUUUUCUCGGUUGCCUUAGUUUAACUUCUCAGCCAUCCUUGUAAAUAGCCAAUUGUCUGCCUCCUGCGGGAAAUGUUUAAUCUCGUUAUGUUCCCUUUGAAAUGUUUGUUUUAAUAAAGCGUUUCACAUUGACGCUGGUUACAACCAACGGUUAGGGAGUGCAAGUGUGCUCAAUGUGACAAAUCACUCUAGCUCCAACGCUUUGCUUUGCGUAAGUUUCCUUUGUUAGAAGGUGUAAGCGCCCGUGAUCAUAUUACGUGUCAUCAGCCUUUUUGGUUCUAUGCAUUCCAUUCACUCUCAAGUGACGUCCAAACGGCUGCGUGGGCGCAUGCGUAAUAGCGACCUGGCCCCAGCUGUUUAAAAGAUGGGUAGCGCUAUUCGAUGGAUAAAUCUCUAUCUACCGGAUAACGCAAUUGGUUUCCCUUAUACUAGAUAACGCUAUCCAUUAACCGUGGCCUGUAGAUUAGGAUUACAAGCUCCUCUUGUCGCCAGCAAUUUUUAAGCAAGUAUGUUAGUAGAAGCAACGGUAAAUCUUUAGUUGUUGUCGCAAACAUUUAUUUAUCCCGCACUGUCUUAACAGAGGAGGAAAACCUGUAUAUUUGUCUCUUGUAGGACGACCUUAGGAAAGACUCGAGAACGAUGGAGUUCAAUGCUCUUGUAAACAAGGUUCGACAUAUUUUGUUUAGCACGUUUUAAUGCUCGGGGUCUGCUUUCGACUGUUUCACUUUUCGUUUUACAGUCUAGAUAAACAUCUAAACAUUUUGCUCUAAAACAUUGUCAGUAACACAUAUUGACCGUUGUAGAUAUUCGCCCGGGACGGGAAGGGACACUGUCCUGUUGCUUUAUGGGACUGUACUAAUCUCGUACCCAGAUCUCACUCUGUCUUACGCGGGAGAUCUGUGUACGAGAUUAGGAAUAUACAUGUGAAAUACAUGUUUUGGCGGACGGAUUUUUACCCUGUUUCCUUCGCAACUCCGUACUAGACAAUGAAAUCAGCGAUAGCACCCACAAAAUAUUCCCAUUGUGCAAUUCGACACGGCACUCACCUAGUCCCACGCUUAAACUGCCAAUGGAAUUUUUCUUUUUUGGAUUAGGGAAGGGGGGAUAUGGAUGGAGGCGGGGGGGGGGAGCGGUUAUAUUUCUACUUUUGUACGAAUAUUAAUAAACCAAUGCGAGAUGAACUUUUGGUACUUGAGAACCGACAAAACUGAUAUGGCUCAAUUCCUUCUAGUGUCUGCGAAAAGAUCCUGAAUCCCGAAGAAGGCAACUUCAUAUCCGUACUUAUGUAAGUCUUUUAGUGCUGAACUAGAUUUUGGAAGGGUACACACUCUAGACAUCUUGCUAAUGAACAGUGACUAACCCUAGAUAUUUGCAGAAGCAACAGUUAUUUAUCGCCUAACCACUGGAAGUGUGUCCUUACGUAGAUCUGGCUGACUCCAAAUUAGUGCUGAGAGCCGGCUACGAUUUCAUAAUCGAUCACCCCAGUCAGAAAUAAUCGGAUUAACUCAAUCGAUCGAUCAUAGAUAACAAUAGGAAAGAGCUCUUAGAAGUCCAUUCAUUUUUCAUCUGUGAUCAAACCAAAGUAAUUUAAACUUUUGAUUUCUUUAGCACACGACAAAAACACACGAAACAUAUCAAAAAAGGGUUGAACCAACGGAUUAAAGUGUCAUCAGGCUUCCUUUGAAAAGACAACACACCAGUUUCAAAAAUGUAUUUUUUAUUUUUCUGGAAUACUCGAUUGAUUAUUCCCCAUAAUCGAUUAUUGCGGCGCAUAAGGUUUUCGAUCAGCGACCGAUUAUAAUCUAUGAUCGGCACACAACUACUCCAAAUGGCGUUAGAUUUUUUAAAAUAAGUUUACUCGAACGCACGUAAAAGGCUUUGAUAGCUCUCUUAUUGUCUUAUUAUUUGAUUGUGUUUUCUUUUCAGGCGGUGAUUCCUUUGAAUGAGGAAUGUGGUCUGUUGGAAUGGGUACAGAACACACAUGGAUUGAGAAAUAUUCUCACUAAAAUUUACAAGUAUGUGUUGUUUUUGUCUUGUUUCUUUGUUUCUACAGUGUUUCAGUUAAGUGUUUUUGUAAGCAUACCGCAUCAGGGGUAUUAUUAAACAAUUAUUGGAUGAGGUUGAGCAUGAUAUCAUGAAUUAUCAAAACCGAGGUCUGUGUUAUCUGCCGAAGCCGAAGGCUGAGGCAGAUAAUACAGACACGAGGUUUUGAGAAUUUAUGAUAUCAUGCGAAAACCAAAUUCAAUAAUUGUUUUAUUAUACAUUUUUUAACCAAUAGACAAAAGAAGACAUUCAGCCAUUCUGUUUCUGAGGAGAACACUCCAAGGGGCUUGGUAACCAGGCAGACGUUGAACUUGACAUGAUAAAUGCAAUAUCUGCAGCAGAUAUUGCAUUUAUCAUGUCAAGUUCACAAGCUAUUGUGAAUUGAUUGAAUGCUCUCGACCAAUCAGAUUUUUCAUAGUGAGUCUGAUGUAUAAUAAUGACAAUUAUUGGACGAGGUCGAGCAGAAUAUCGUGAUUUGUCAGUGGCGGGCAGAUCAGAUCAAUUAUUUACGGCAGCCGUAAGCUGUGGCAAGUAAUUGAUCUGCGAGACACUGACAAAUCGCGAUAUUUUGCGGCAACCGAGUGCAGUAAUUGUUUUACCAUCCACUCACCGAGUUUGGGUUUUAAUGAGUAUAUUCAGGAAGCGAAGCGAUCUGCCAUUUUCACGAAAGAGCAGUCUUAAGAAGGAGGAAAGCGUGGUUUCAUAUACGCCUGAGCAGAAUGUUAUUUGCAGCCAAAUCGUUGGACGACAUUGAGUAUGAGCAGACCAUUAUUUGUUGGCAGUUAUUUGCAGGUCACGUGGUGGGCUCUAGGCCAAUGAAAAGGAAGAAAAAUUUGCAUCGAAUAGUAAAAAGCGUUAUGCCGAAUAGUAUAGCUACGACCGCUUCCUUUAGACAAUGAAAACUUGUUAUUCCACAGCGCGCGGAGAUGUACUGAAGAUACGGAACUGUUAGUUUUGAUUUGUGUACAUCACACAUUUCUUUUUUUUUUAGAUCUUUACCUCUUCCCUUUUUAUCAUUGUUAUUUUUUUUAAUGUUUACAGGGAGAAAAACAUGUACACUAGAGGGGCUGAAGUAAAAAAAUUAAUUGACAGAGCGGGAAACAAACUGGAGUAAGCUGAACAUUAGUUAUUCUAGUUGAAGGUUUUGUGUAUUUGUCGGUGCUGUCGUCGUUGUUUUAAUAGGGGUUUCCGGUAGUCUUUGUAGUAUUAACGGUCGGGUCAUAGACACCCCACUCUUUGUAAAGUUCUUUUUUUUGUCUUGUUUUCUAGCGUUAUGUUCUUCAUUGCUAUGAUUUAUAUAUGUUUUUUCUUUAUUAUUCUAGGGACAAAGUGCGCGUGUUCUUGAACGAAAUUCUACCAAGGUAUGCGAAUAACUCCAGCUGGUAGUCAGAGCGGGACUUAAAGCCGGCCUGAGUUCUAACCAGUCUGGCAGACAUUUGUGUGAUAUGUAUAAUGCGAAUAUGGUAUUCUGUAUCGUGAAGUUUGAGUAACAGUGACUUUUUUCUUCCUCAGACAUCCUUCAGUUUUUCAUGAGUGGUUCUUAAAGACUUUCCCGAAUCCAACUUCAUGGUAACUAUCGAGAAACACUUACGGCUUCGGCCGACUUACUGGAGAAAAUUGCUGUCAUUUUUGUUUUAUUCUAAUCGGAGUGCUUGGUAACACCUGAUUUAUGCGGUUGCGUUAUAACUUAUCAGUUUCCAGGGCUAGUUGUACCCAGUUUUGGCGAAGUUUGCUCUUAUUGCUUUUGUACAGUGCAACCAACCGUCUGUUCCUCUACAGGUACAUGAGCCGCCUGGCAUACUGCCGUACCUCAGCGGUCAUGUGUAUGGUGGGUUAUAUCCUUGGCCUUGGUGAUCGCCAUGGGGAAAACAUUUUGUUUGACGCUAAGUGUGGAGACUGUGUACAUGUAGACUUCAACUGUCUCUUUAAAAAGGUCAGUAAUGAGUCCAAAGGAGGGAGUCUACCAAAACACAAUUUAAAACUCUAUCCUAAAGGGUACAUUGAAAAGUUUGAGCCUUUCGCAAAAUGAUUGUUACAAGUCACUUAUCAUCUAUUAUUCAGUCUUUAAUUUUCAGUAUGAACAUGUAUAGUUUUUUUUUAAAUUUAUCAUUGUUUUCCAGGGAGAAACCUUUGACUGUCCAGAGCGAGUGCCAUUUCGACUGACGCACAACAUUGUUAACGCAAUGGUGAGUAAACGUUUGAGCGAAAUAAAGUAUACUUGGUCUGCAUCUUAAAAAGCAAGUUGUGUUAAUUCCUUUUGUUAUUCAACUUCACUCAGUAGAAUACUGUACAUACAAAAAACACCCAGUAUAAGUACAACUAUCUGACUCUAUUUGUACCCCAAAAAACCGGUUGGACAGCUUUUCUACAAACUUCGCACAUGGCAGAAAUGCAUCGUUUCCCGAUGAAAAUAAAGAAUUGGAGCCAAAUUGUAAGCUUGAAUAAAACUGAGUUUCUAGAGAGACGUCGCCUGAACAACAAUGAAAGUUCGACAUUCAUUAGAAUUUUUUACAACAUGCAAACUUUACAAGCUCAAAAAACAACAGGGAAAUUGAAAACAGACCUGAUCGUGUUUAAUAGAGAUAUGGUGAUGGUGGAACUCCGUGAAACAAAAGACGUCCAUUAAAGAAGAAAAUCUCCGCUGACGAACUGAACAGUCUUAUCAGUCUAAUUUCUCUACUAUGGGAGGAGACUACACAUGGUAGACUCUAGACGUUCUCCAAAGAAUUUUUGUUGUUGUUAAUCCUCGCGAAGUUGAGGUCUUAAGGCUCUUGUAGCUCCUUGAAACGUCUUGAAUUCGUGGAAGAUUUUUCGUCUUUCCAUCGCAAUUUGCUCUGCUUAGUUUUUCUACUAGCUGUCAGUUUUAGUAAAAACUGGAAGACCAUCGCAAGCGUGUUUUCAUUGCCGUCAUCACUCUAUCAGCAUCUUCAUUGUUAUCUACAUGUUUAAAAUAAAUGAGUCAGAAGGAAUAAAUAAAUAAAUUCGUAUGCUGGUUAAAUAUAGGGUGAAAGUAAUUCAGCUGGUGAUAUUGAAAACGAACGUAAUUCCAAAUAUCAAGUUCCUUAAGGCACGGAAAUGACAAUUUGUAUUUUGAUCGUUACUCUGAUUGACGGUCCACGUAGCGCUUAGUCUCCUUAGCAGCCGCUCGGGCUGGAGUCAGACAAUGCUCCUUUCCCCCAUCACGCGGGGAAGUGCGGCUGCGAAGGAGACUACGUAGUAUUGAAAAAUGAGUCUGGUUUUCAGUUGAGGCAUUGGAUUUUUUUCUUUUUUGGAUAAAGGGUCCUCUUGGCUGUGAAGGUGAUUUCCGGCGUUCUUGUGAAGUAACGCUCAGACUUCUAAGGAAUCAGUGUGAUUCAUUACUAACGUAAGUCAAUGUCUUAAGCAAGGUGCAAUGGAAGCGGUCGUUUUCAUCACGUCAUCCUCAUCAUCAUCCUCAUCAUCAUCAUCAUCAUCAUCAUCAUCAUCAUCAUCAUCAUCAUCAUCAUAUACAGGAGGCAGCGUGGCCGCUUGGUCAGCGCGUCGGACUCGCAAUCCGGCGGUCCCGGGUUCGAGUACUGCUCUGGCCACUUGCCGGAUUUGUUCUCGGUAGUCCCGAGUUCAAAUCCUCGGCUGCGCUUGUAGAUAGCAAUGUAGUUGCCUCCUGCCAGUUAGGAUUUUUAAUCCCGUUAUGUUGUAUUUUAGUAAUUUGUUUCUAACGAUUUAAGUGGAGUGCCUGGAAAGUAACUUUUCUGGAUAAGCUAAGUGCACUUUCCACUAUAAACAAGCCUUUAAACCUUUAAACGUUAAUUAUCAUCAUCGUUAUCAUCAUCGUCAUAAUUAUCGUCAUCAUCAUUUGUUUGCCUUGUUUCAAUACGAUCUUCAGUAUGAUCUUGCAAUGAUCUUGCAAACAUGGGAAUUCUGAAGUUCAAAAGCCAACUGACGAUUACGUUUUUCGCUGCCGUCAAUCAUCUUAACGGACCUCGUAGGAAACAAAACUUUACUUUAACGGGUUCAAAAGGUCAUAGAUUGUGAUAUGUGAUGGGUGGAUUUCAAUCCGUUUUGUGUGUUUCUCUGUUUCAAGGUUCGUUGCUUGUGAUCGUAAUUAUGAUUGACGGCAGCGAAAAACGCAAUUGUGAAGGCGGCUUUUGAACUUUAGAGUUCGCAUGUUUGUGAAAAGCGCAGUUAUUCUGCUAUGGGACAGUAAGUUCAAAAUGAUGGGAAUGUUAUUUUAGGUCCUGCACGGUCGAAUCAAAGUUUAUUUAUUUAUUACACAGUGUUCUUCGAACAUUCAUUUACGAUCCUCUUGUGGAGUGGCAGAAAACAAGAGGGAGAGAGUUACUGGCCGAAGCUUCUAAGAACAAAGAAACUGGAGAAGUCACGAAUGAGGAAGUAAGUAUUGAUCCUGGUGCGCAUAGAAGUAACAAUUAUUACUGCCGUUUAUAAUAUCGCCAUUAGGUCAUAGACCUUGUUGCGGUUUUCGACGGCAUCUUGACGAGUAGGCAAACGUGUGAGAAAUUUUUGGGGCGUACCUGUCCUAAAAUUUCUCCAGAGGCUUGCUUUAGAUUUUCCAUAUAUUUGUCUGUAAUUUUUCCGGGGCCUUUCUUACAGACAAAUGUAUAGAAAAUUAAAAAAAGUGGUUCUAGGUCUUCUACGGCAUGUAACGCCCUCAAUUUUUUUCAGUAGCAUCCUUAAGAAUGAAGCUUUAGUCUACAAUUUAUUUUUUUUUUUUUUCAGAACAGCCGUUUUACGUAAGUUAUUGGACAUUAGAUUCUCAUACAAACACUAUAAUUUCUCACGCGUCGAAAAGACAGCGUCGAAAACCGUGACAUCGUCUAUUUUUGUCAUAGAUUUUAAGCGCUUUGGUCAAUUAGUGGAGUUAGCGCUAUAUAAAUUAUGUUAUUAUUUAUUAUAGUAACUUACAGUGUAUCUAUGGCAGCGUUCACACUUAGUUCUCGACACGGUGCCCGAUUAGGGUCCUCGCUGGGAGAUCGAUUUAGGUUUCUGGGAAACUGCUCACCUACCCCUCCCCUGAGCCAACAUUUUGCCCGACACAAGAAGUAAGCGUUGUUGGCUUAGAGGAGGGGUAGGUGGGUACGCGAUCUCAAAUCGGAAACUAACGGCGGUUUCGUGGUGAUUGCUUAGUGAUCUCAUGGAGAUUUUCAAAUAACUAUGCCGACAGAGUAUUCAAUUAUGCGUGUUUGUCAUGUAGCACGGUCCAAUCAAAUUGUUUUUUCAUUCCUUUAAACGAAUUAUCGCUUUCUUCGUCGAUAUUUACUUAUCAUGGUGUUUAGAAGUCUUAAGUUAUGCUACUUAAAUAAGUAUUGCGUCUUCCACCCUGUAUUGAUAAGAAGUUCCUCUUGUAAAAACUCCGUAAGAUUCCAAAAGCUUUCUCUGUGAAUUGCUAACUUACCCCGUUAUUAUUUUGAGUACAGGGCCCUGUUCACAACACGCAAAAUUCUGUCAAAAGGAAGCCAUGUCUAGUGCGAACGAUUUUUUUCACCGACCAAAACUUCUCAACUGUCACCUAAGUUCAAAGAUGCCGUCGAGAAGAUUUGGAGGGCUACAUUUUUUUUUUGUUUUGUUUUGUUUUGUCAGGCGACAAAUUCCUAUUUUCCUUGAUAUCUUUCCUUAAUUGGGUCACCUUCUUUUGCGAACAUGACCAAUUAAAGUUCCUUUAAUUGACGUUUCUGGGUAGACGAAAAAGUUCGCUUGUCUCAGAUGCGAACGAGGUUGCAAAAACAAAAAAUUGGUGCUUACAAAAUUUUCAAAUUUUUUGCAGACGCCAAACUUUUUUUUUUUUUUUUUGUAGUAGUAGUAGUAGUAGUAGUAGUGCGAACAGGGCCUAUGACUAAAGGUAUCCUGUUUACCUAGGGUGUGAAGAUAUUGAAAGAUAUCGAGAAGCGAUUUAAAGGUUUUGAGGGAAGCAACAGGAUCAUGAUACCUCUGUCAAUAGAGGGACAUGUUCAUUAUCUUAUCAAUGUGAGUUUUAGUUUCCUUUUUUUCAUUAUUAUUAUUAUUAUCAUUACUAUUACUAUUAUAACUAUUAACUAUCACUAUCAACUAUUACUAUUAACUAUUACUAUUACUUGGCUACUCUCUUAUGUACAAUUUACAGUUUCAUUCAUAGCAUUUGCGCUUGAAAGUGGGUCGGUUUUGUGUCGAAUUCCACUAUGGGAUUGUGUGGUGGUGAGUGGGAUGCGGGAUGGGGGGAUGGAAAUUUUGACCCGUUUAUCUGCGCAGCCUCCCCAAAACAGUCCCGCAGUCCAACUCGACUAAAAUAUUUUUUGUUGUUCUUCAGCACGAUGACCGCACGUGACAUUUGUGUAAUAGAUCUAUUCUUACUUGCUCGCUUAAUGUCACCCUAUCACGUACCUUUCACAUGUCCCUGUACUUUUACACAGCAUAGUUGUUGGCUUCACACUAGAAGCGAAGUUAAUUUCAAGUAAGUACUUGAUUCAAGUGCUCUUGGAAAUCUUAAGUCGCUCUGUAGAAAACAUGGCUCCACACUUGUUGACAAAAUAUAUUACUUGAAGUAAAUGCUGUUAAUAGGGAGAUUAAGAUUAUUCACGUUUACGGCAAACGAGAAACGUCAGAUUCAAGUUGAGAAUUUCUCAGAAUAGAAAAUAAGCAGAUAAAAACUGCCCAGAACAAUUCCUGUGGUUAAAACUGGCGUGAAACUACUUAUUUUUGUGUACAAGUAAUAAACAGUAAACGACAAUUAAGGGGAAAACUUGGUCACGUGGUACAAAUUCCCGUUUGCCGUUUGGCGUAAACGUGAAUCUCAAUCUCUCCGUUCUUGGAACCGCUGCACGUGCACAUCGUGCACAUGGCUUCCAUUUCUUAUUGGUCGUGUGUUCUCAAGUGUGGUGUAGCCCAUACUUGGGGGCCAACUUCGGCUUCUUUGAACUACGAACGUUUCCAUGGUGACCAAGUAAAGUUGAAGUCGGUACAUUUUGUCGCUCUCACACUUAAAGAAGGUUCCAAGUACACUUACAUUAUAUGUGAAGCUCUAGUGUGAAGCCAUUAAGUAUAACAACGUUUUACCGUAUCACGUGAAUGUCAAAAAAGUAGAAGGGUGUUCACUGAGUGAGCACAUCGUAUUCUUUACAUGUGACAGGCUAACCUCUCUUUUUAUUUCCGAUCUUUGCUUCUAUUGGUUUUUGCAGGAAGCCACAAGUGCUGAAAACUUGAGUCGCAUGUACAUUGGCUGGGCGCCGUACCUGUAA